AAGGAGCGCUGCCCUUUGAGUUCAGGUUCAGUGUCGAGCGAGCGAGCAGCCCUGCCCGCCUGCUGCUGCCGCACAGAGGCAGUACCAGACCCCCGGCGGGCGCUCAGCAAGCCAGGCACCAUGGCCCCCCUGCAAGCUGCUCUCCUGCUGUUGCUCCUCGCCGCCUCUUCGCAAGCCCAGGACGGGGCUAUGAAGGGCACUACGUCAGGCUCCCAUGAGCUGCAGCCCUGGCUGGUGGGCCUGACGGCCGUCGUGGUCUUCCUCUUCAUCGUCUUCCUGCUGAUGAUCAUCAACAGAGUCUUGUGCUAUAAGAAGCACAGGGACGAGGAGGAUACCCAGGGACACCAGGCUGAUGCCAGUCCUGGCAGGCUCACCGCCAAUGGCUAUGAGAACGAGGCGCUGCAGGAGCAGCUGGAGGAGCAGGAGAAAGGGGCGAAGGGGAACAAAACCACCUCUCUGUGAGGGUGUGCUGCCCCGCUGGAGCUUGCUGCACCGAUCUGCCCUGGACACACCUGCUUUGAGACAAACCAGUCGGCUCUUGGCUGCCUAGCUCGGCCCAAGGAGUCUCCUGCCCGCGUCAGGCCCUGCUUGUAUGCGCCACUGCCCCAGCUACAACAGCACCACGGGCUGCUCUAGGCUGCCGCAUCACGUCUUGCUCCACGCCGGUGCUCUCUGCUCAGUGCCCCCCAGGGCCUCCAGGUAUUAACCUGUGACCUGCACUGCUGUGCCUGGUGUCAUUUAUUACGUGUCCCAAGAGUUCACGU